UCCUCUUCAAUAUGUAUAUAUAUACAAAAGCCUUCAUAUGAUCCUACAAACACUUUCCUCUUCCAACCUCACAAUUCCCACAAGAAUAAAACCAAGGAACAAAACAAGAAUAUGGUGAUCUUAAAAUCAUCAUAUGGCAUUUUGCCCCUUUUAGUUGGCCUACUUGCUUUUAAGGCAACCGUUGUCGACUCGUUCGACUAUGGGGACGCCCUCGACAAGACGUUGUUGUUUUUCGAGGCGCAGAGGUCAGGGAAGCUGCCUGUUGGACAACGUGUAAAGUGGCGUGCUGAUUCAGGUCUUGGCGACGGGUAUGCUCAAGGGGUGAACUUGGUGGGAGGGUACUAUGAUGCCGGCGACCAUGUAAAGUUUGGUCUGCCAAUGGCUUUCAGUAUGACAAUGUUGUCAUGGGCUGCUGUUGAUUUUAGGCCAGAGUUGGUGAGUUUGAACCAAAUGGGACACACUUUGGAAGCAAUCAAAUGGGGGACUGAUUACUUCAUCAAAGCACAUCCUCAGCCAUAUGUUCUUUGGGGACAGGUCGGAGAUGGAGUGUCGGAUCAUUAUUGUUGGGAACGGCCGGAGGACAUGACCACACCACGGACAGCAUACAAGCUAGACCCCGAGCAUCCGGGAUCCGACCUUGCAGGAGAGACAGCCCUUGCCGCCGCCUCUCUUGCUUUCAAGCCUUAUGACUCAGCCUACUCUAGUCUUCUGCUAGUGCAUGCAAAACAGAUUUUCUCAUUUGCAAAUAGAUUCAGGGGCUUUUAUGAUGAUUCAAUUUCAUCAGCCAAACAAUUCUACACAUCAUCUGGUUAUUCUGAUGAAUUGUUGUGGGCUGCUACAUGGCUAUACAGAGCAACAAAUGAUGAUUACUACUUGAAAUAUGUAGUGGACAACUGUGUCUCCUUGGGUGGAACUGGCUGGGCUGUCAAAGAAUUCUCUUGGGACAACAAAUAUGCUGGAAUUCAAAUUCUCCUCACAAAGGUUUUGCUGGAUGGAGCCGGAGGAGCAUACACUUCCACGCUACAACAGUAUCAGGCCAAAGCCAAUUACUUUUCAUGCGCUUGCCUGCAGAAGAACGACGGCUACAAUGUGCCAAUGACUCCCGGGGGGCUUCUCUAUUUACAUGAGUGGAACAAUAUGCAGUACCCUGCCUCUGCUGCAUUUCUCCUUGCUGUUUAUUCUGAUUAUCUUGCUAAGGCCAAAGGUGUGGUCAAGUGUCCUGAAGGACAGCUCCAACCUCUGGAUCUCCUCAAUUUUGCAAAAUCACAAGCCGAUUACAUUCUUGGCAAAAAUCCCAAGUCCUUGAGCUAUGUAGUGGGGUACGGCCAAAACUAUCCAGUCCGUGUUCAUCACAGGGGAGCUUCUAUCACCUCUGUUUCUAUUCUCAAAACUGCCGUUGGAUGUGUGGAGGGAUUUGAGACGUGGUACAAACGCCCCGAGGCCAAUCCCAAUGUCAUAUAUGGAGCCCUGGUUGGAGGUCCAAAUGCCAACGAUGAAUUCUCAGACGACAGGACUAACUAUGAACAAACUGAGCCGACGUUGUCUGGCACUGCCCCUCUCAUAGGACUUUUCUCCAAAUUGCACAGCCUGCCUGGAAAUUCUGCAGGUCCAUAUACGCCAAAACCUUCCGAUCCUUACCACAAACCGCAAGGUUCAUAUUCCCAGCCGGCAACAACUCCUAUCCCAAAACCAGCCGUUCCAGUCGAAUUCGUUCACGUGAUCACCAACUCAUGGACCGUCGCCAACAAGACCUACUACCGUCACAAGGUGAUAAUCAAGAACGUAUCUCAGAAGCCCAUCACAGCGCUGAAGCUCUACUUUGAGAGCUUGACAGGUUCACUCUGGGGCCUAACUCCAACACAGGACAAGAACACUUAUGUACUUCCCGAAUGGAUCAAAGUGUUUGAACCUGGCUCUGAGUGCACUUUUGUCUACAUUCAAGGUGGUGCCCAAGCCAAGAUUUCAGUUCAAAGCUACCAUUAACAUGGGAGAAAGGUUGAAAUUUUAAUAUAGAGUCUUGAUGAUGACCAAAAACAAAAUAUUUUCCAACCCAUGAAUUUUUCUUUGAUUUUUUUUUUUGGUUCGACUAUUUUCUUCUUGUCUUAACUGAAAAAUGGAUAUAGUGCUGUUUGAUGAUUGUAAUGUUGUAUGUAGCUGCAAUGGGAUAUUUGGGCUACGGAUCAUUUUUUAUGUAAUCAUCAAACUUCAUGUCCUAUAUAUACAUACCAUAAUUAAUGGUUGAGAAACCCUUUGAGGUUCA